UACCUGGACAACAAGCAAAAAAGAACUAGCACAUGGCUCCACGUGUUGACAGAGGCUUCCUGUGUGUUGUUCUGUGUGUUUCCAGUCUGUCAGGCUGUCUGAUCUCAGAGAAAGGCUGUUCUUCUCUGGUCUCAGCUCUGAGCUCCAACCCCUCCCAUCUGAGAGAGCUGGACCUGAGCUACAAUCAUCCAGGAGACUCAGGAGUGAAGCUGCUGUCAGCGGGAUUGAAGGAUCCUCUCUGGAGACUGGACACUCUCAGGGUGGAGCCUGCUGGAGUCAGAUGGUUGACACCAGGUCUGAGGAAGUAUUCCUGUGAACUCACAGUCGACACCAACACGGUGGACAGGAGACUCAAACUGUCUGACAACAACAGGACGGUGACCCUGGUGGAGGAGGAUCAGCCAUAUCCUGGUCAUCCAGAGAGGUUUGAGUCCUGGUCUCAGCUGCUGUGUAGAGAUGGUCUGACUGGUCCCUGUUACUGGGAGGUCCAGACCAGAGGACGGGUUCUUUAUCAGUGAGUUACAGAGGAAUCAGGAGGAGAGGAGACAGUGUUGACUCUGUGUUUGGAUGUAAUGAUCAGUCCUGAGUCUGAUCUGCUCUGAUGGUGGUGGUUACUAUGUCCGUCACAA